UAGGCCCGCAUGGGAGGGGCGCGCCACCCUGGUGAUGGGAUAGCCUUAAAUUCCCCUCGCUGGUUGGCAGCUGUGUCAUAUUAUGGUGGACCACGCCCAGAGAACACGUGACUGCAUUUCUUUCCCCGUUUUUGAAGCCCUGCUCACCACACUGCUACACUGUACAUCUGGGUCCUUUGAUGGACGAAGAGGGUGAAGCAAUCCAGCCCCAAGAGCAGAGCUGCUGGGCCACUCUGCCAGAUGUGUGCCUGCGACGUAUUUUCUGGUGGCUGGGAGACAGGGACAGGUCCAGAGCUGCCCUGGUCUGUAGAAAAUGGAACCAGAUGAUGUACUCAGCUGACCUCUGGCGAUACAGGACCAUCACGUUCAGCGGGAGGCCAUCCAGGGUACACGCAUCUGAAUUUGAGUCAGCGCUCUGGUACGUUAAGAAAUUUGGCCGCUACCUGGAACACUUAGAAAUCAAGUUCCUGAACCCUUACAAUGCCGUCUUGACCAAGAAGUUCCAAGUCACCAUGCGAGGCCUCCUGUCGUGCCUCGGCAAGAGUAACAACCGUCUGAGGUCACUGUCCAUCCAGCAUCUGGAACUGGACCGGCUGGUCUGGAGAAACAGCAUCAGGGGCUCUCUCAUCAAGAGCUUGAGUUUUUUCUUAAAGAAGAUGGGCAAACAUCUGGACCAUCUUAGCCUGAAAGGAGCCCGGCUGACAGUGGAGCAAGGCUGCCACAUCCUCAACUCCCUGAGCUACCUUCGGAAUGAGAACUUGGCCUCAGAGCUCAACAUUGAGGACUUCUUCAGCCAUCACCUGGCCGUCUAUGGCAGCUCCCAGUUCAACAAGGCCAUGGCCACAUUCCACAACCUGACAUUCCUAACACUCAACUACAACUGUAUCUCUGACGAGCUGCUCGAGACCUUGAGUGAGAACAAUGCUGGUACCCUCCGAACCAUGAACAUCAAAUGCCACGUUCACGACCCCCACGGCCAGGUAGUCUGGGGCAUGUCCUGGGCCAAGCUGGCCAGGCAGGCCAGCAGCCUGAAGGUAAACUUCUUCUUCGAGCGAGUCAUGAAGUAUGAGCGCCUGGCUCGGAUCUUGCUGCAGGAGAUUCCAGUCAGGAGCAUCAGCCUAAGAAGCUGCUAUUUCAGUGACCCAGACUGGUCCAUGCGGCCCACUCUGAUGGACCUCCUGCCCACCUUCCGGAACACCCUGCAGAAGUUAACAUUCGAGUUCAACAACAAUCAUGAGUCGCUAGAUGAGCAGCUACAUCUCCUCAUCCUGGCCUGCCGGAAGCUAUUUUACUUCAAAAUCUGGGCUUUCCUGGAUGUUAAGUUUGUGGAGCGGAUCCUGAAGAGCCAGGAGGAGGGGCAGUGCUCCCUGCGCACACUAAAGGUGAGAAUUUAUACAAACCGAUAUGAGACAAAUGAAGAGGACAGGACCCUACGGGAGAUUUACAGGAAAUACAGAAAGCUGAUCGAUUCAGAACUUAACUAUUUUGUCAUCGCCUACCCCAUGAUGUAAAGAGUGCUCUCCAGAGGAAGACAUCUAGACGCACUUUUAACCUGAAAAUCCGGUUCUCAGUGAAUUACAUUUGGGACUCCCAUGCUCUCAUCCCUUUUUCUUCUCUCUCCUUUUUACCAAAUCCAAACCCUCAUGAACAGCCUGGCAAAGGCUGGACUGCUGGUGAUGGCAAGGCCCCAUGCGUCUUUAAAGUGCUAUCUUUACCAACAA